AUGGCACCACCGCGCACAACCAAGAAAUCCACACUCACAAGCCCCUCCACAGCCACCACUCGCCAGAGCGCAAGGCAUUCACGGAAACAGGUCAUCAACGAAGCAGAUGAUUUCGAAGACCUCGACCAAGUUAAUAGCGCGAUCGACGAUGAACUUGAUGAGGCAGAAGCUUUGCAGCGCAUUUCCGAUGGCCCGCUGGAACUAAUGAUGGUAAAGAUGGUAGAUGACCGACGCAAGUAUCAUGACACGUCGAAGAAGAAUGUAGGUAUAGCUUACAACAAAAAGAAAGAGGAGUUGGAAGAGUCUAUCAAUGCAGUCUUUGACACACACGAGGCUGAAGCAUCAGCAGCCCAUCAAGCACAGCUCAAACGUCUCCAGGAUCUUCUCGGUCAAAAGAUCAACAUCGAAGCCGCUAUGGGCAGGCAGCUAGCGAGCUUGCAAAAGAUACACAACGCGCACUCUCGUGAUCUCGAGACCGUCGUCGAACGCCGACUACGGGAGAUGAAGUGA